CGGCAAUGAUUACAAGUGUAAAUAAGCGGCAUCUACGCACGAGCUUUCCACGCAUUGGUUGAGGAGCAGCUUUCUCAGUAUUCAACUGAAUCACCAAGCUUCCUGUGUGUCACCCCACGGAAUUAAACGACUACUUGACUAACCCAUCUUAUAAGCUGCGUUUCUCUGCAGAUUGGAUUAAUUAACAUAGAUUUAAUGGCACUGGCAGUUUUCACAAUGACUGCUUCAGUCUGCUUGACGUGUGUGUUGCUUUGUCUAUCCUGUCUACCAUCGCUUACCGACAGCCGAUCCAUUACGUUAAACGAACCAGAUGAGAAAAAGGAAGUUAACUUGUGGGACGUCGACGUCUAUGCUGAUCCCUGCAAGGCUGCUGGGUUCAGUGGUGAUAUCGCUCUCAGUGAGGAUGAGUUCGAACAGGAGAGAAAUUAUUAUAUUGAAAAAUACCAGAAGAACCACUCGGAACAUAAACACCGACACAGUAAAGAUUCUAAACGUGUUCACCACAGAUCAUCGAGGGCAGCAACUGCUUAUCAAGAACGAAAAUGGCCAUUUGGUGUCAUUCCAUAUGAAAUUGAUGGUAACUUUACAGGUAAAUAG